CGCCCGGGGUGUAAGAGAUCGACUCAACCGCCGCCUUGAUGACGCCCGUCCUCAACGACGUCUGCGGCCACAUGGCGCUGGAGAUCUGCGGAGGACCGGAAAUGGAACAACGCUGGCAGGGACACAGUUACCCACCUUGACCCAGCCGUAGAGAGUGGGCGCCACGAAGAGGCCGCCGUACAUGCUGAACCGGAGCACGCGCCACCAGUCGUAGGUGCCUGCAAGAAAAAAGGAUGAAAAUGUCCAGCUGGCAGACAGUCGAAUCGGACUCACCCCAGCGCCUGCCCUCCACGGUCUGCUGGAUGAGACUGCCAGUGGGCCAGAUCAGGCUGUAGGAUAUCAUGCCGCGCAUUAUCGGGUAGCGGGUGACGAACACCUUGAGGUUCUGCCACAGCAGUGGGCCCGUCAUCGCAAUCUCGGACCUGCGGAGUCGCAAUCGCGAGGUUGGCAUAUCAUUAGCAUGGCUAAUAGGUCCCGCCCGCAACUGCAUGGCCAGCUCAACUUAACACAACACAUAUGUAUAUACGGGCCCCUAGUUCCCUAUAAAUUGCCCUGCUCUUCUAGCGGGCCGCACACAAACAUGGCUCCGUCCGAAAGGCUGGCGCUGCUGCUCCUGGCCACCUGCACCAUCCUUGCCAGAGCCUCCGGGGAUAAUGGAAAGAUCGUAAACGGCACAACCGCCGCCCCGGGGGAGUUCCCCUUUGUGGUCUCGCUGCGCCGGUCGAAGAGUGGUCACCACUCCUGCGGCGCCACGCUGCUGAACUCGGACUGGAUCCUGACCGCCGCUCACUGCGUGCGCAGCUCCUCUCCCGAGCAGCUUGACUUGCAGUACGGCAGCCAGAGCCUGGCGCGCAACUCCAGCCAGCUGGUCCGCGUGGCCGCGAUCUUUGUCCACCCAGGCUACGAGCCACACGACAAGUACAUCAACGACAUCGCCUUGCUUCAGCUGGCGCAAUCCGUCACUCUUACCAAGCGUGUCCAGCCAGUGCGAUUGCCAGAGCCUCAUCAAGUCACGCCCGGAAACGCCAGUGCCGUUCUCGCGGGCUGGGGUCUGAAUGCGACUGGCGGUGUGGUCCAGCGGGAUCUGCAGAAAGUCCAACUGCAAGUGUUCAGCGAUGCGGAGUGCAGCGAGCGCCACCAGACCCAGCUGCACGGAAGCCAGAUCUGCGCGGGAUUGCCUGAGGGCGGAAAGGGCCAGUGCAGCGGCGACUCCGGCGGUCCGCUGCUCCUCGCUGGCACCGACACCCAGGUGGGAAUCGUAUCCUGGAGCAUCAAGCCCUGCGCCCGACCACCUUUCCCAGGCGUCUUCACCGAGGUGUCCGCCUACGUGGACUGGAUCGUAGAGACGGUGGGCAGCUCCAUGAUGCCAUCUUCGCUGUGGGUGGGCCAACUGAUCGUGGGUCGCUCACCACCUGGUCUAACCAGCUAAAGGACUCUGCUAACCCCAUUAAAAUACCGAUUCAAGUACGCUAACGCUAUCUAAUUC